GUUUUGCUUCUUUCGCGAUGACUCUUAAUAUGAACCAGAGUUCGAGGAAGGUGUAAAUGAAGGAGAAGGCGACUUCAAACGAGGAAAUGUUAGAAAAGUGUUCGUUAGGUAACAUUCCGUAAAUUUUGGUAGAUAGCUAAGCCGCGUAGGACGACUUCGAUCGCUUGGGGUCGGUCGCCGCCGCUGCUGCCGCCGGCGACGCUGUUGGUGACGAUAUGCAGAGUGAUGGGACAUAUCACUUGAAGAUCCUUGUGCCAAGUGUGGCAGCAGGUGCAAUUAUUGGAAAAGGUGGUGAAACUAUAGCCCAGCUACAGAAAGACACUUCGGCUAGGGUGAAGAUGUCAAAAGCUAAUGAUUUCUAUCCAGGUACAACGGAAAGGGUGUGUCUCAUCACGGGGAAUGUAGAUGCCAUUUUAACUGUGUUGUCAUUUAUAAUGGAAAAAAUCAAAGAGAAGCCUGACCCAAAUGCCAAACCAGCAAUAGAUUUCGACAACAAGCAAACUGCAGAGAGAGAGAAACAGAUUUCAAGAAGUGCUCGCUCCCCACAGGUGAAGAUUUUGGUCCCAAACAGCACAGCUGGGAUGAUUAUUGGGAAAGGCGGGACGUACAUAAAGCAAAUUAAGGAAGAUAGUGGAGCUUAUGUACAGAUAUCACAGAAAGCUAAAGACCAGUCUUUAGCAGAACGUUGUAUAACAGUUAUAUCAAAUGAUGUGGAGAACAGCAAGAGUGCCUGCCUAAUGAUUUUAGCCAAGAUUGUAGAAGACCCACAAAGUGGAACAUGUUUGAAUGUUAGUUAUGCUGACAUUACUGGUCCUGUUGCUAAUCCCAAUCCCACUGGCUCUCCCUUUGCCAAUUCUCCUGGUGGACAAAAUGCUCAAAAUGGCACCAUCGGUGGUUUAUCCAAUCCACUAUCUGCUGUGAGUGGACUGGGGAAUCUCCUUGGUGGUGGUGUUAACCUGACCUUGAACUUGAGUUCUGCAUAUCCAAAUGGAGGUGCUGGUAAUCCUGUUAUCACAGGCCAGUUGUUGGAGCAUGUCCGGUCUAUCUUGAGAUCCUCAGGUUUUGCUGAUCAGUCAAAUGCUGAAGUAUGUAGUGCCAUAAAUACACUCAUUAAUUAUGGCAUCAUAGGACUGGGGCUAGGUCUUGGAAGUCCAUCAUCUCAACAGGGAGGUCAGGGCCAGGGUCAAGGUAAUAUGGGAGGUAAUGCCAUGCUUGGUAAUAUUAAUUCCUCUGGUAACCCAGGGGAAUACCACGGUUCCUCCAUGAGCAAUGGGAAUAAUGGUCCAUUUGGUCCUAUAGGCACAACUGUUGCAUCAGGACUAAAUCUUGGACAAGGUUUAGGGGGACCAACUUCACCACAACGACAAGUGGACAGAUUUAAUAGCGAACCUCCUUUUGAUCCCUUUCGCCGACAGUCGACCGAGAUGGGGGGCAGUCUACCUUUGAACAGUAACUCCUUUGGUCUUGGCACCCCUUUAAGAAAGAGCCCAUCACCAGGAGAAUUGCCUCCUGGUGCCCCAGAUGGCAGCAAGAAGGUGGAUGUUGAAGUUGGUGAGCACAUAGUUGGUGCUAUCCUUGGGCCUGGAGGGAAAUCACUGGUGGAGAUUCAACACAUCUCUGGGACAACAAUUCAAAUCUCCAAGAAGGGUAAUUAUGUACCCGGUACAAGAAACCGGGUCGUGACCAUUACUGGCCUCCCCUCGGGCAUUUCAACAGCGCAGUUUCUCAUUGAACAGCGUAUAUCUGAUGAGGAGGGGAAGCGGGCCCGACAAAAUGCCAUAAUGGGGGUCAUGCCUUAAAAAAUAGAAAAUAAUAAUUCAUUAUCCACCUCAUUCCCACCAUUAUCUCUCACCCAUAAAAAUAUAAAUAAAUUGACUUAGUAUAGGGGCUUGAAACAUAAGCACACCAUCAUUGCCUCGUUCCAUUGUAGUGUUGAAUGUUAUUUUUUUCAUUUUUUCUGUAUGUGUAUAUGUAUUUGUAUACAGAAUGUAUACAAACAUAUGCCACAUAUAUGUACGUAUGUAUAUAAAUAAAUCAGUAAAUAAAAUCAUAAUUAAACAUUUUAGGGAUUUCAAGCUCCAUAAAGUCAUCCAAAUUUCAGGUGCUUUUCAGCUGUUAUGGGAUCCUUUGCGCAUGUAACUCUUAGGGGUAAUUUCCCGUUAUUAUUGACUGUUUGCAGUGGAAACGAUCUGAUGUUUCUCCCAACUGACAAGCACCUUGCAUUUACUAGGUCACAGCAGUUUCAUUUUCUCUUCAACAAUGGCCUGUGUGUUCAAAGUGUCAUCUCAUUCAUCAGGCAUUACCAUUACAAAUCUCUCAUUUAUGACCAUUUAAAUAUCUUGAAUUUCCCCAGUCACCAACUACAUUUUUUGUUUUGACCUUUUUGUUAUUUUAAAUAGAAAUAUAUGAGCUUUUCAGUUUAUAUUGUACUGUAUAUGACAGGGCAGUUGUGUGUAAUAAUUACUUGUUUACUGUUUAGAUAUCUUAAAAAUUUAUCAUUAUUAGCUGUUUGAUGAAUAGUAUUCUUGAUUUUUCUUUUUUAUCAGCCUCAUUUUUCAUUGUGCAAAUGUUCAUUACUCAGUUUAAUCCAUGUGGAUGUUGCCUGGGGCCACACCAGUUUUCACACAGGUUGAGGAUCAGGCUCUUGCAAGAUGCUGACACCCUCGCUCCCAGCGUUAUUAUUCGGCCAUCAGUUCUUUUGGCAGACCUGCUGUGCCUAAUUAACUUCAUUACAAGUCUCCCUAAAUGUUUUAAGAAUUAACUUUUAUUUAUUACACUGUGUCUAGUUAUCAGACAAGUCCGUGAAAAGUUUUCACAUUUUAUUGAAAGCAGAUUAGUAUUUAGCUGCUUACAAUUGUGCAGCUAUGUGAUUACCAUUAACCGUUCAUAUUUAUAAGUUGACCUGGCUUUAGCAGAUCUGACAAUUGAACCGUUUCAUAACCAUCUUUCUGUCUUCAGUCAGAGAACAUCCCACAUGGCAGUUCAUAUCGUAAGGUAUGAAUUUUGGCAUCUUUUAACUCAUGUUGAGUUUAUUAAUGCUGAUCCCAGGAUUUCUGCCUGGACCAAGUCUACACUGGGGAGGUUCUUACUGUUUCAAGUCUUCACAGAAGUGAGAGGAAAAAUGGAAAAAAAUAAAGUUUGGCUUUUAGAUGAUGAGAUAUACAUGAAAAAAAAAAAUGAUGUUUCAGGGCCCUCUUAUAGUAAGAAUAUUGUACCUGGGUGGGUAAUAGAGCAUAUUAAGUUUGACCUUGUAACAGUGUACAGUAAAGUUAAAACAUAAGGGUGGGAAAGAUCAAAGGCAUCUUAGUUAGCCUUCACUAGAUAACGCACCCAAGUUAAUUGCUUAGUCUUGGUACUUGCAAGUCAAGUGUAUUGUGUGCAUGUAGGCUGAUUUUUCCCUGGUACUAAAAUUGAAUCAUAUAUCUAUAUAUAAAUAUAUAUUUUUGAAUUAGGUUUUCCCCAAGUGUUAAAAUAAGUCAAGCAGAUAUUGUGGUAGAUUCCAAAAUUUCUACUGGACCAGGGGAUAGGCAGAAACAUUUCUCAUGCAUCUUUCAUUAAUAAUCAUAGCUCUACAAAUCUUGUAAAAAUUGGCAAUAAAUAUAUCCAUUAGCA